GCCAUGGGCAGCGGCUGCCGCAUCGAAUGCAUAUUCUUCAGCGAGUUCCACCCCACGCUGGGACCCAAGAUCACCUAUCAGGUCCCUGAAGACUUCAUCUCCCGAGAGCUGUUUGACACAGUCCAGGUGUACAUCAUCACCAAGCCAGAGCUGCAGAACAAGCUUAUCACUGUCACAGCCAUGGAGAAGAAACUGAUCGGCUGCCCCGUGUGCAUUGAACACAAGAAGUACAGCCGCAAUGCCCUGCUUUUCAACCUAGGCUUCGUGUGUGAUGCCCAGGCCAAGACCUGUGCCCUCGAGCCCAUCGUCAAAAAGCUGGCUGGCUACCUGACCACACUGGAGCUAGAGAGCAGCUUCGUGUCAACAGAGGAGAGCAAGCAGAAGUUGGUGCCCAUCAUGACCAUCUUGCUGGAGGAGCUAAAUGCCUCAGGCCGGUGCACUCUGCCCAUCGAUGAGUCCAACACCAUCCACUUGAAAGUGAUUGAGCAGCGGCCUGACCCUCCUGUGGCCCAGGAGUAUGAUGUGCCUGUCUUUACCAAGGACAAGGAAGAUUUCUUCAACUCACAGUGGGACCUUACCACACAACAGAUCUUGCCCUAUAUUGAUGGCUUCCGCCAUGUCCAGAAGAUCUCAGCCGAGGCAGAUGUGGAGCUCAACCUGGUGCGCAUUGCCAUCCAGAACUUGCUGUAUUAUGGCGUCGUGACACUGGUGUCCAUCCUCCAGUAUUCCAAUGUGUACUGCCCGACACCCAAGGUCCAGGACCUCGUAGAUGACAAGUCCCUGCAAGAGGCCUGUUUAUCCUAUGUGACCAAACAAGGGCACAAGAGGGCCAGUCUCCGGGAUGUGUUCCAGCUGUACUGCAGCCUGAGCCCUGGCACGACUGUGAGAGACCUCAUUGGCCGCCACCCCCAGCAGCUGCAGCGUGUUGAUGAACGGAAGCUGAUCCAGUUCGGGCUGAUGAAGAACCUCAUCCGCCGACUACAGAAGUACCCCGUGCGGGUGUCUCGGGAGGAGCGGAGCCACCCUGCCCGGCUUUACACAGGCUGCCACAGCUAUGAUGAGAUCUGCUGCAAGACAGGCAUGAGCUACCAUGAACUUGAUGAACGGCUGGAAAAUGACCCCAACAUCAUCAUCUGUUGGAAAUGAGGCUGUUGGGGGUUACACGUGGCUGUGGCUGCUCUCUCUCUGUGAAGUGCUCCCCGGUGCAUGAGGGCUAGACCGGUAGACCCGUCCAUAUUGUCUCAAGGGUGACCCUCACUUCUGUAAAUAAAAUCAUCCAUUUCAACCUA